UUUGCAAUAAAAUAUAAAAGACAGCUUCCGUGAGGAUUGCCAAAAGGGCCGUUUCUCUCUUUCCUCCCUUUCUCUCUCCUGUUCUCGAUCUCUCGAUCGCGAUCGAUUAGGUGGUCGAUUUGAUUGUAGAUUUUCUUUUUGGGAUCGAACGCCGCCUUGAGUAUGAGGGUAUCGAUUGAGGAUCUGGAUCUCUCUCCGGGAUAAUUUCGAUCCGAUAUAAUUGGUUGAUUUUUCUGAAAUUCCUCUCUAAGAUCUUGAUUGGGAGAUUUGGAAGAAAGAUGAAUAAUUUGAAUUUGAUUAUUGGUGCUCAAGCUAACGGGGCGCCAGUUAGCGGGGGAGGACUCAGUCAAAACUUGAAGUUCAGUUAUGGAUAUGCAAGCUCUCCAGGUAAAAGGUCUUCGAUGGAGGACUUCUAUGAAACAAGAAUUGAUUGUGUAGAUGACCAAAUUGUAGGCUUGUUUGGUGUAUUUGAUGGUCAUGGUGGUGCACAAGUGGCAGAGUAUGUUAAACAGAACCUUUUCAGCAACUUACUUUUGCAUCCCAAGUUCAUUAGUGAUACCAAAUCAGCUCUAGCUGAUGCAUACAAACAUACGGAUUCGGAGUUUUUAAAAUGUGAGAACAGCCUAAAUCGAGAGGCUGGUUCAACUGCUUCAACUGCAGUUCUUGUUGGUGACCGGUUAGUUGUAGCUAAUGUUGGAGACUCCAGAGUUGUUAUAUGUAGGGGAGGAGAUGCGCUAGCUGUCUCAAGGGAUCACAAGCCUGACCAAACAGAUGAGAGGCAAAGGAUUGAGGAGGCAGGAGGCUUUGUUAUGUGGGCUGGAACAUGGCGUGUUGGCGGUGUUCUUGCUGUUUCUCGUGCAUUUGGUGAUAGGCAUUUGAAGCGAUUUGUUGUUGCAGAUCCUGACAUCCAUGAGGAGGUGGUUGAUGGAUCUCUCGAAUUUGUGAUCCUUGCAAGUGAUGGAUUAUGGGAUGUUGUUUCAAACGAGGAAGCUGUGGAGAUGGUGAAACCCUUUGAGGCUCCAGAGCAAGCAGCAAAGAAGCUGUUGCAGGAGGCGUAUCAAAGAGGCAGUGCAGACAAUAUAACCUGUGUUGUCGUGCGUUUCUUGGCCGGGACGGAUGAAUCUACGAGAGAGUAAGCGGUGCAGGUAGAAAGCCUCCCUCUGCUUCCUUUUCGCUUUUAUCCCUCUAUGUUGUCUGUAAUUGAUUUAGGAUUUGGAAUUUGGCAAUAAGAAUUGGUUGCUCUUAUAUUUGGAGUGAUCAAUGGUGUUGUUUCUGUGCUUGUUGGGGUACUUUAAAUGCCCUCCUGGAAGCUAACCUACUGAAUUUGCGUGAAUGUAUGUGGUACAUGAUUAUGAACCUGAUGAACAUUGAUUGUAAUACAGAUAUUUUCUUUUA